ACACACGCAGCAGCAGCAGCAGCAGCAGCGCAGUCGACGGCAGCGCCGCCGCUGAGCAGCACAACAAGCGCCAAGUCGGAGCCAAAGCCGAGCAAGCCGCUCAUGAUUAUCAAUGCGCCGCCCAUGAAGCAAAAGCAUCUGGUGCCAGUUGCUGUGGAGUCGCCAGCGCCGGCAGCAGCAGCAGCAGCAGCGCCGCCGCCAACUGAGCUGCGCUCCAAGCUGCAGGUGCAGGAUGCAAAGCCGCUGCAGGUGACUGGCUUCAUUACCAAGUCGGGCAACAUUUAUGAGAUCGAAGAUAAGCGCGGCUUGGGUCACAUUGAAGCGCGUCAGGCGGCGGCGUCGGAGCAGCAGCAGCCCGAGGAGCAGUCGCAGAUUGUUUGCAACUAUGGCAAUGUGGUCAUCUAUAGCGAUGUGCCUUGCGAGCAAGUGACCAAUGUCCAAGUGGGCGAGGUGCAGCCGCUGCAGCCUGAAGCUGAAGUGGCUGCUAUGGACGCGGCUAAUGCCACAAGCGCUGCGGUGAAUCCAAAUACGCCACGUGGACAGCAGGGAGGACUGCAGCGUCGCCGUCAGCAGCAGCAGCAGCAGAAACGUCGACGCAUCAGCAACAACAAUCGGCAGCGUCAGCGUCAGCGCAUACGUAACGGUAAUGGCAACGGCGUUAGACGCGUGCAGCAGCAGCAGCGACGUCGACGUCCCAAUCAGCGUCGCGGCAAUGGCAAUGGCAAUGGCCUGCGUCGUCCUUUGACCAAGCAGCAGCAGCAGCGUCGCCGUCAGCAGCAGCGUCGUCGUCGUCUGCAGCAGCAGCGACGUCGCCAGCAGCAGCCACAGCGACGCCGCCAGCAGCAGCAGCAGCGUCUA